CUGUCAGCAAGCGAGAUCCAAAAUGGCAACGAACAGUAGCAACACGGCGUCCAAACCUGCCAACAGUACCGGAGGGAAACAGUCCGGGCCCUCCGCCGAACAGGUGGUGGCAACGUUUCAGAGGAUGCGGCAGGAACAGCGCAGUAUGGCCUCCAAAGCAGCGGAGUUGGAAAUGGAAUCAAAUGAGCACAGCCUCGUCAUUGACACCCUGAAAGACGUGGACCCAUCCCGGAAAUGCUUCCGUCUCGUCGGCGGCGUGUUGGUGGAGAGAACGGUGAAAGAAGUUCUGCCAGCGUUGCAAACCAACAAGGAGCAGAUCUCCAAAAUAAUUGAGUCCCUCAACACCAUGAUGCAGGAGAAGGGGCGCGAACUCACCGAGUACCGAGAACGCUACAACAUUCGCCUGGUGGGCGAGGGCGAGGCAGACGCGCAAAGCCAGUCGACGGCGUCGUCCAAAGAUAGUGAAGGAGGCGGCUCGAAAAGCGGAGCUGGUGUUUUGGUUUCGUAGGUUUUGGUGGGUUUGUUUGUUUUUUUGCCGGUAUAGCUCUAUGGGUCUCUCACAUAUUGGAAAAAAAGUUGACAAAAAUCGAGGUUUCAAAAUGGAAUUUGCCUCCAGAUUUUGUCCUGACAAUUUCAAGAUGUGACGUGCCCUACCAAAUCCAUUUUCUGUUUUGGUAGGUCUCGAAUGUUGGAUACAAGUGUGUUCAUGUCGCUAAAGUAACAUGGCAGCACAGGCACGGUCCUCACAAUGCCUCACCAAAAUUGUUCUCACAAGCUGCAAGAAUAAAGGCGCUUUUCCUUGUCAGUA